GCAACAUUUAUAAUUAAAUUGAUCAGAUUCCGCAUAUAUCUAACUACUCUUAGAUACAUUCAAUGCACCCUUCCUUCCACUUGACCCUCUAAAUGCUCUGCUUCCUUACACACACAUGCAAGUAUUAAUUUGUUGCUCGAACAAGGCACCAGCUCCAGUCGACGAAGUCCUACUUCUGACCUAUAGCUCCUGUUAUUCCAGUCCAUUAACCUGGAGUUCUUGUUAAUGCUGCAGAUGGGUUUCCAAGCUAAUGCUGUAAUCCCCUCGAGGUUCCGCUACGAGAAGCUUAUUAAUGGCGGUGAUCAAUAUCAUGAAAAAUUAAUGGCAAGGCCUAGACGAUGGCGUUUUUGGGUGAAGAAAAUGAAUGGAGGGGUAAAGGGUCUUCGAUUAUCCCGCUCCAGGAAACUCACUUUCAAGGCGUUGUCUGUGAUCCUAAUGCCAAGCCCACACAGCAGGAUUGCAAAAGUGUAUGCCCAUGUUAUUGAUAGAAUCAAGAUGAUGGAUGAUCUGACUCCGUAUCCCAACAUUAUCUUUUCCACUCACUGGGGACUUCCAGUUUUAUCCCAUCCCCAUCCAUCUGUUAAAACCGCUACAAGGCUGAGUUCUCUUCAUACAAGCUUAACAUGCAUUUAGGAGCUUGCAUAUUUAUGUUUCAGCAGAUAAAUUUAGUAGAAAGAAAUAAACUUGCUUUAAAUACACAAUUAUUCUUUGUCUC